AUGGUCAUGCGGAAAAGUGUUCGUAUUCUAUUGGUUGGAGAUCGGAGUGUGGGUAAAACCUCUCUAAUUUUGUCAUUGGUCAGCGAAGAAUUCAAUGAAGAUGUUCCUCCAAAAGCAGAAGAGAUUACUAUUCCGGCUGAUGUUACCCCUGAGCAAGUUCCUACCCACAUAGUAGAUUUUUCUGCUGUUGAACAAACUGAAGAACAGCUAGUAGAUGAGAUUCAACGGGCUCAUGUUGUAUGUGUUGUGUAUAGUGUUGAUGAUGAAGACAGCUUAGAACAUGUCACAACACAUUGGUUGCCUCUGGUACGCUCAAGUGCUCAGGGGUCACCUUUACCAGUAAUUUUGGUUGGGAAUAAAGUUGAUCUAGUUGACUACUCCACCAUUGAUAUGGUUAUGAGUAUUAUGGAGGAAUAUCCUGAAAUUGAAAGUUGUGUUGAGUGCUCUGCUAGGACAUUGAAAAAUAUUUCAGAGAUGUUCUAUUAUGCACAAAAGGCUGUGCUGCAUCCCACUGGACCACUUUAUGUCCUUGAGAGUCAAGAUUUAACUGAAGAAUGCAAGAAAGCUCUUACAAGAAUAUUUAAGAUCUGUGACUUAGACAAUGAUGGGCUGCUGUCAGAUACAGAACUAAAUGUUUUUCAGAAGCGUUGCUUUAAUGCUCCUUUACAGCCUCAGGUGUUGGAGGAUGUGAAGGCAGUCCUUAGCAAAAAUAUAAAUGAUGGAGUGCAGAAUAAUUGCAUUACAUUAAAAGGAUUUUUAUUUUUGCACUGUUUAUUUAUUCAACGUGGACGUAAUGAAACUGUGUGGACAGUUCUUCGUAAAUUUGGUUAUAAUGAUUCUCUUAGAGUGACUAAGGACUAUUUAAUACCAAGUGUAAGAGUUCCUCACGGCUGCACAUCAGAGCUAAAUCACCGCGGUCAGCACUUCCUUCAGAAAUUAUUUGAGAAACAUGAUAAGGAUCGUGAUGGGGCACUUUCCUUUACUGAAAUGAGUUGUCUCUUUUCCACCUGUCCCACUCCACCAUGGCAUCCAGAUUUUAAGAGAACUGUUGUUACCAAUUCGCGUGGUUGGAUGACAAUGCAAGGCUUUAUGUCUUAUUGGUCUCUGAUUACUCUGAUGGAUCUUCCACUUGCUUUGGAGCACCUUGGUUUCUUGGGGUACAACAUCAUUGAAAAUGAGAGUCAUGCGAAUGCUGUUCAUGUAACAAGAGAAAAGAGCCUUGAUCUGGCCAAAAAGCAAUCUAGUAGAAAUGUGUAUCAGUGCCAUGUUAUUGGUCAACAGAAGUCAGGAAAAUCUUCCUUCUGUGCUUGUCACAUAGGGCACACAUUAGAUGUUAAGGGGAAGUAUGUUAAGCGAGAUGGAAGUCCUCCAAGCCUUACAGUUAACUCAGUUCUGGUGUAUGGUCAAGAAAAGCAACUCAUUUUAAGAGAGGUAGAAGCCAAGGGUAUGGCAGACCCCUUAAUGACUGAAGACACCCAAUGUGAUGUGGUCUGUUUGGUUUAUGAUAGCAAUCAUCCAAAAUCCUUUGAAUAUGUGGCAGAAAUCUAUUUGCGAUACUUUGAGGGCAGUAAGAUUCCAGUAUUAGUAGUUGCAAAUAAAAGCGAUCUUCCGCCUGUGAGACAAGAUUACAUACACCAGCCGGAUGAAUUCUGCUCCCGACACAAGCUGGCCCCACCGCACUUGUUUAGUGCUCUUCCGUCACCAACUGGGUCUUCACAACAUCCAGACAAAGAUGUCUAUGUGAAGCUGGCUACAAUGGCUGUAUUCCCUCGCUUCCAGGCUGCAUGGGUACUUUUCUACAGGCAUAGGCACCUCCGACAACUGACCAUUAUGGCCAGUGAUAAAGAAAUGUGGUGGCGAGCGGGACUUGGAGUAGCAGCCCUUACUGCUAUUGGUUUCCUUAUAUCUCGACUCUUCAGAGGAGAGCAUCGAUAGACUUUUUUGUUAACUUUUCCUUUUAUAAUUAUGUAGAAUCGUUAGUGAUAGUGUCCAAGCAGAAUCAAAGUUAAAUGAUCCUCCCCUUAGUGAUAUAGUCAUUCAAAUGCUGAUGACUGGUAGCAUUAAAGCUUUUUCUUCUGUUCACCAACACAAGUUGAACUUUUCUCUUUUGUGUUAAUUGUUAAAAAUAAACUUGAAAGUGAAAACCUGAAAUUAAAUACCGACAUAAAGGAUGUGUAGUUUUAACUGCCUUCUAGUCUUAAAUAGUGUCCGGAAGUCAAAAGUAUUUUUUUAAAGUCUGCAUAAGUUUUGCAUGAAUGCCAAAUUUAUAUUUUAAGAAUUAAUAUAAGGCAAGAUUUUUGAA